AGCUGUGGUUUCAAGUAUUGAAGUCUGUGCGUGUGUGUAUUGUAACUUUUUUUUACUUUGAGGCCACAACUGAACAUUUUUAACUGAACUUUAACAAGGAAAGCAGACUCAUUGCAAGGCUAUUGUUGUGUAGGUGAAUUACACAUUUUCUCUUUUCUUUGCGUUUGCAAUGUUUAAAACCAGGUGUGGCAGUGUGGCGGCAGUGUUGAGGUUCUGCCCUGCGCUCGCAUCGCCCAUAUAGAGCGUGCUCACAAACCCUACACUGAGGAUCUGACGUCUCACGUGCGGCGAAACGCCCUCAGAGUUGCAGAAGUUUGGAUGGACGAGUUUAAAAGCCAUGUCUACAUGGCAUGGAACAUUCCCAUGGAGGACUCAGGGAUAGAUAUUGGCGAUAUCUCUGAGAGGAAGGCUCUGAGGAAGAGGCUGCAGUGUAAAACCUUCCGAUGGUACCUAGUGAACAUCUACCCUGAGAUGAGGAUGUACAGCGAAACCAUCGCAUAUGGAGUACUGAAAAACGCUCUGAAGAUUGAUCUGUGUUUGGACCAGGGCCUGACAAUGACAACGUCCCCAUCCUGUAUCUCUGUCAUGGGAUGACACCUCAGAAUGUGUACUACACCAGUACUCAGCAGCUCCACAUCGGGCUCCUGAGUCCCACCAUUGACGAUGAUGACAACAAGUGCCUGGUGGAUGUGAAUAGCAGACCGCGCCUCAUUGAGUGCAGCUAUGCCGCAGCCAAACGCAUGAAGCUCCACUGGCACUUCACUCAGGUGACAACCCAUGACACAGCCCCCACACAUGGUCAGAAAACACUCAGUUAACAUUCAGUUUGCAGUUUAUGUUCAGCCCCAGUGAAGGUCAUUUGUUGAAUGCGACAGGAAAACAAACUGCGGCGGUAGCUUUAAAUCCUGCAAGUGGUUUAAUUUACUGUUUGACCGGAGUUCCCCUCAAUCCUGCAACUCAUUCAGACAUGAAGAGUCAUUGAAACUUAAUGAUUGUCUUUCUCCAUUAGCAGCUCUGUGCUUGCAAAAUGUGUUUUAACAGAGCAAGCAGCCACCUCACAAAAUGCCCCAUGACAGUGGGUGAAUUGAAUUUACUGCAUGCUUUGAUUUGGGCUCAGAAGACCUCAUAUUGUUGUCUGGUAUGCUGUCAGUGCAGUUUUAAUUAUAGAUCUUAUUCCUCUUUGAGCCAAAUAUGCAUAA